CUGCUUUUUAUCCAAAAUAAUGGCUUAUGGUGGAAAAUAAAAUAGCCUUUGGCGAAUUUUGAUUUUUGGUGUAUGUAGUUUUUUAGUUUUUGAUAGAAAAUUGGGAGAGAGCGAGAAAGAAUUAAUUUGGGAGGGGAGGUGAUUGAGAGAGGACAUACACACACUAAAUUUACUAAUUCUGAUUCAUCUGGAAAUAUUUGAUUACUACUUAAUUAUUAUGAACUUUUCUAUUUUAAUUUUAAUUAAAAAAAUAUUUUUCUAAAAAUAAUUUUCAAUUUAUUUUAUUGCCUUUCCUAAACAUAAUAUUUAUUUAUUUUUUCUCAUUUAAAUUUAAAAAAUUACUAUUUUCAUUUACUUUUUAAAAUAUUAAAAUUAAAAUUUUUAUAUUUUUGUAGCUUUGGAAAACGUAGCAAUAUGAAUUUACGUCGAAUGAGUGAUUGUAUUGUGAUAUCGCCAUCGGAUAUGAUUGUGAUUGAUUAUCCGGAUGUCCAACGCAUUACUGUCCAUUUACACAACAAUUCAGACAACAUUUUAAAUCAAACUGGCAAUCAGCCAAACGUCUCAGCUACCGCCUUUCCUGCUUUUGACGGCCCUUCUUCAUCUUCACUUUCAUCCUCACCUUUAGGAGGGGCGGGAACUUCAACACCUUCACUUUUAGUUAGAAGACAAAGUGGUGAUUGUGCAAUCAUCAAAAGGUAUUCAAAUAAUGACAAUGGCACCUCCACAACGGUCAGCAGCAGCAACACCUCUUCCCCCUCAUUAUAA